CCCAAUGUUCCAACAAACCAACUUUCUUCCAUACCAUUCUUCGAACAGAAAAUAAACCGGAACCAUAGAAAAAUGCAGGAGAUGUCGAUCAUCCUAAACUACAAUUUGCACCAUUCGGACGGAAGCAUAAUCAUUUUGCAACCACAACGACUGCAAGCAGCGAAUAGGCUUCACUUUGACAAAGUUAUAUAACAUUCCUUCAAUUCAGAUGGCUCACUCUCGCAGCUUUACUAGUAGCCAGAAUAUCGAUCAUUUUUGUCGUCCUGAUAAUACGAGCCACCAUAAUAGUUGUCGCCACCGCCGUCGUAUGGUUCGUCUUGAUAUUUAUCGUAGUCGUCAUACCGAUCUCUGCCACCGCUAUAUCUAUCGUUGUUUCCAGAGGACUGCUUCUUCUUGCCGCCAGCAUUUCCUUUCAGCAACGGCCCGAUCACCGGCAUGUUCUUAAGGAUCAUCAUCGCCAUCGGAAACAUGUUGCCAAACAAGUUGAGCAGACCGAAUACCUCUAAUAUGAUUCCGAAUAUCGGCCAACCGAUAAAUACGAGAAAUAUCCCUGCGAACAAACACCCCGUGGCUCGUGCCUUCUUUGGCUGAAAGAAAUACCCCGCCGUCCUUCCCGGGCCGAGCGUCAUGGGAACACCCGCCACAAAAAACAGAUUCCCCAGUCGCAUCAGCGUUUUAUUGAAGAACAAGCUAGCGCCCAAGAUGGUCAGCGCGCCUCCGAUGGCUAGAAGCGGGAGGCCGAUUUUUCGGUUGCCGGUACGGAUGAUGUCGGGCAGAUUCGAAAAGGACGGACGGCCGAAGCGACUGCUUCUCUCGCUGUCGCCACGGUCGUCGUACUAUUGUGCCAUGCGAUUGAAUGGCCCAUACAUUUGGAUCGAGUUUUGAAGUUCGACGAUUCACCGCAAUCAAGAGAAACAUGAAUCGAACAAAGUGAGUGACCAAAGCUCAGGAUCGAUUCUUGCGAAUCUUUCUAACCCAAGAGUCUCGGAAUGAGCCGUACGAGCAGGCAGGAACGUACCGAGGAGCCCCGAUCAUCGUAGCCAUAAUUAUCAUAGUAAUCGUCGUUGUUUCCGCCGUAUCCUCGAUCGUCGUAGUAAUCAUCGCCCUGGUAUCCUCCGCGACACAACGCCGUUGCUGACGCCAAUAAGGAUGUGUAUGCUGCCACGAUCUGCGCAUCUCGUUCCGAGGAAAACGCAGAAGUAUCCAGAGCUGACAAUGGUGGCGGUGAUGGUGGAGAGAGCGACGAAGACGUCGAAACUCUGCUCACGGUUUUUCUCGGAGCAAAUGCCGUUCCACGACUUUUUGCGACGACCGACGUCGAGAAAAGGAUGCAAAAGAGGGGGAGAAGUGUGCAAGAUCGGAUCAUGGUAUAGAUCAACGGUAACUUCAAGUUCCUUGUUGUGUGUCGUCUGCUGGAACCUUCGACUUUGCUCCGAAAGGGGUAUCAAUGACAAAUCCACUCGUCAAAUGCGGCUGAAAAGAGUUCAGUCCUACUCGUCUCCGUCGACUUCGAAUGAGAUCGAAGUUGUGACCAACCUCUGUACGUACAUACGGUAGUGCUGUACUGGACAGUAAGGUAUCCAAGCCGAGUUUGAAUUUGAAGACGAUCAUUUUUUCGUUUUUCGUUUACCUUAUUUUCACUUCUACACGUGUUAUUUUGUUCCAAAUGAGAAUACAGUAAUACCAGUACAUUGCUACGCUACAGCACAGUACGUUGCUACAGGUAGCAAGAAAAUGGUCACCUUGGCUUGCUUUUCCUCCCUGCGGAGGUACGGUAGGUAGUAGGUAGGUGUCCCUAGUCGACUGAGUCGCAAAUUUUUCAUGGGACUCAAGAAAACCGAGAACGCGUACAGCAACUUAAGAAACUGAGAACGCUGGCGAAGCAAAGGAACUUAAUGCAGGACGAGUACAAUACGGUACUGUGCGUACCUCGCGUACGCACCGUAAUGAAAACUUCUCAGUUUGAUGCUACGAAACUCUUACUAAGAAACUACGUAAUUCGUUCCGUUUCGAGGAUGUCACGAACAAAUUCUUUCCUCGAGGAAUAGCUCUUGAGACAGUCUUAUUCUUGGCAUCUACUAUCAUGUUGCCAUUAAACGUGUAUUUCAUUUGAAAGUUGCAUGAGCAAGAAUACAAGGAAUGAAGCUUGAUGAAUCAUAGAGACCCGUCCAUUCUGAAUGAAUCAAUACAAGACUGAAGGACUAUGAACGUCGGUGGCGGCGAGAACACGGCUGGAACUGCAGGAGCUGGAGAGGCUCGCCGUUGCCUUUGCCACUAUAUAACGGAGGAAAACAACGGCAACGGUGUGUCAUUUUCGAGGGGAGAAAGAGAUACGACCUUGCGCUGUUCUGUAUGCGUUCAGAAUCUUUUGCGGUCCUCGGUGCAAAGGCAUCGACAAGCCUUGCAGCAACACGCGAUCGCCAAGAAAGAAUGCGAGCGAGAGCUCGCCAGCAUUCCUAGGAAUCGCAUCCCCGAGCUCCAAGCCGAGUCGCAGCGCUUGCGAGAAAAGUCUGCCGCGCUUCGGAAAGAAUGCGGCGAAAUGGCAGUGAAGAUUGCGCACGUGGCGCUCGAAAACGAUACCCUGCGAGAAACCAUGGCCGUGGAUUCCUCUCCACUAGAACGGCAGCGUCUCGACCUAGAACGCCUAGAGAACGGGCUGCUUGAGGGAAGUCUAGAACAAGCCAUCGAGACAGCCACGAGACAGGUGCGCUUCCUGCGCUUUCAGUGGGCCCAGAAAGUCUUUGCGAUGCACCGGCUGCAAAUUGAUCCCGACCACAUCAAGCUAACGCCCCUGCAAAAACGACACCAGAAAACCAAACCCGGCCAACAGCUGCAACGAAGGGCGAGGGGCAUCCCAAAAAUCAGUGGACUGCCCCUGCCAAACGCAGGUCCGGAACUAUACGGGUUCUUGCCCCCCCGGGAAUUGCAAAGCGCGCUUCGAAUCGUCGCUACGGUAACGAGCACGGUGGCCCGAUGUCUCGGAAUCGUGUUGCCACAUCGUGUCUUGCUGACCUUCAACACGAGCGAUUCUUCCGUGGGAGACAUUGCCGACACCGUCACCGAGGACGACCUUCGAGAACGAAAUGCAGCCCGCAGCCAAAAGCCACAGACCGGUUACCACCAAGGCGAGGACACUCCCCGCCACGACUCUUAUUUUUCGAAUUAUCCAAACCAAGUACGCGGCACAAGCAACUCUGGUGGAUAUAGGACUGCUCAGCCCGUCGCGUCGUCUUCGACAGCAUCGUUGUAUUCCAUGAUGGACACAUCUUAUUUCUACAAAAAAGCAAAAAAGGCCUUGGCCAAGGCUACCGGGCAACGUCCAACCUCUACAGGUAGCAAUAGCAACAAUGCGAGAGGAAGACCGGGAACAGCGACGAUCGAGAGAUCGUUCGACGCAACGAUCGUCGCUCAACGACUCAACCACGCCACAGCAGCAAUUUUGAACGACGUCGAUACAACCGCCGAAGCCGCAAACAACAAAAAUUCAUCGGCCUCUAAAUUUGCGUUGUCGACGAAAGCUAUGCACCAGGGAGACGAUUUCGCGAUUGCCCUGCAGCUAUUGCAAAACAACGUUCUCACCUUGUGCAUACGAGCGGGAGUCCCGGUUUCGAAGCUGUGGCCAGCGGAAGCAAUGCUGCUGAACUUGCACGAACUAGACAAAUUUUGCCAGCAACAGACGACCGUACAAUUUUAAGAGCUCGUGACACGAUUUACCACAAUUCACUCGACUUCUAUAAGGAAGUGCAAUUAGACCCUAUUGAGUUUCAAAAGUAGGAGGAAUUUUUUAAACACUCACAAUUAAAAGCAGCAAUCGCAUCAUCACCAGUCGUCUAUAUCCUGUUGCACAAUCUCUUUCAUGGUUGCAUCUCCGACUUCCAAGGCACCCUGUGGCUGGCCCCAAGCUAAAAUCAUGCCGUCUGCACUCCCUGACAACAACUUUCCGCCUGGUUCCAUCGCUUCCAAGCUUGUUAUGUUUGUCAAGUGACCUUUCAGCGUUUGUUUUGGUGUCCCUCCCUCGGUAGAAAAUCCGUGUAGGACCCCCCUACGGCUGAUCCAGAUGGUGCUGCUUUUGUUACAGCUGUCCGUGUAUCCCGAUCCUUCUGCGAUGAUCGCCGUUCGUCGUUGGUUCGGUGACCCUGCCGAUGACUUCCCUGGCGCUACAAACUUGCUUGGUAACAAGCAUCCGCUGCGCAAAUCCCACAACAAAAGUUCGCCGUCAAGCCCACUUACGCUACAGAGAUAAUGACCACUGCUGAAAAAUGACAGACCGGAAACAUGACCGGCACGAUGGGAUUUGGCCCCAUUGUGUUGAACGUGGUCAUAGUUAUUGGGCGCUAUGCCUGGUAUUUGUUGUCGUCUCUGCUUGCGUGCCCAUGUUGGUUCUCGUCGCAGAUGAGAGUAAUCCGAGGCAUAGCCCACACUAGUCGAUUCAGAGGACGACAACCCAAACGAAUUCGCCGAUGAUGACACCUGUUCUCUAUCUAGCACUGUGACACACGCCCGGCUUCCAGAUUUGCGAAUGUCCCAAAGCCUCACCGUUGAGUCGCGGGAUCCCGAUGCUACAACGUUGGGAUUACUGCUCGACCACUUGAGUGCCGAAAUCCCCUUCCCGUGACCCACUAAUUGAUGCGAGCAAGCCCCAGAACGUAUAUCGACCAAUUUGAUUUCCGAUUCAUACCAAGAUCCUGCAGCAAUCAUGGAAUGAUCUCCGCCCGUGCGCAAAUGUGCCGAUACCCAACCUGUAGAGUUGUCUCGAAAGGGAUGCACCCGCAAGACAGGUUUCAUCUUGUGAGUGUCCCACACCAAGAUCGUUCCGUCACUCGAACCCGAGAGGAACACUCCAGGGUCUGUAGGAUACCACUGAGUGUAUGUGAUAGAAGCUGAGUGCCCUGCAGGGAGCUGGAGAACAUCAGGGACUGCUGGAACUUUGAUGGACUUGGCGACAGGGGAGUAGGAAUACCUUUGACUAUUGGCGUCGUCUUUGCUGAUGCUUUCGCUCCGACCCCAUUUUGAAACAUCAUAUAUAGUGAUAGUUGCAUCUGCUGAACCCGCCAGAAGAAAUCUUCCUGUCAAGUCUACGGAAAGACUCGAUAUACUUUUUCGAUGAGGUGAGACAAUAUCUGGAUCUUGCAAUAACUGCUUGACGUAGAAAAAUCGAGACACGCCCCGUUCGAAUUGUUCUCUUCCGCACAAUCCAUACUCUCUAGCAAGAGCAAUAUGGAAUAUCGACCGUCUUUUCCUUGCAAUUCUAUCCAGCGACGACAUGCUAAGGCUUUUGACAAAUUCUAGGCAAUGGCGUUGGAAAAAUCUGCCAUUAAGAUUAGACAACUUUUUGUUUGCGAUGAUUUGGUGCCUUCGGUGAUCUCUUUCAUUGAAUAGGCUACCUCUCCAGUAGCUGUUCGACCCAUUCUUUCGUUUGCAAAGCUUCGACUCAAACCAUUGUGCUGGACUAAGUGUGACUGCUAUGGAUUGUUCCUCCUGUGCUUGAAACAGAACAUGUUGUUGUUGCUGCUGUCGCAACGCUAAUGAUGGUCAAGUUUGUCUUCGGCAGCUGAAAAGAACCUGGUCAUGUACAGUACGUACCGGUACGUAGCAGUAGUGCCUUGUAUGUAUGGUAGAAAGGACGGAGUGCGGCGGUACUGUAAGUGAAUGAAGUUAGGACUGCACU